GCCUCUCUCCGCUGGAUGUCGUCUAACAAAUUUCCUGGAUCGUCUGGGUCAAAUAUGACAUAUUAUCUGGUUGUAGGUGUCGCAGUCAGUGCUGGUGGAUACUAUGCCUACAAAAGAGUCAGAGCAGAGCAAUCCAAGCACACUGGUCAUGUGACACAGUUGGAAGGCAAAGGCAAAGCAGAGUUACACCCACUUCAAGGUGAAGAAGAGAACCCUGUGGAAGCAGAGAAGGCAAAUUCAGAAGCCCCUGAGGUAUCUGUCACGGAAGCAGGGGAAGCCAGUUCAGAAGCCGCUGAAGUAUGUGCUGUGGAAGCAGAGGUUAUAGGUGCCAAGGAAGCUCCGCAUGGUACAGAUGCAGUCAUAAAAGAGGAUCCAGCUUGUCCAGAAAAUGGCCCUGUUCUGUUGGGGACAGCAGCAGUCGGUGCUGAAAUGGGGCAGGAGGGCACAGAUGCCUCUGGGGAUGGAACCAGGGAGGUGAAAGGUGAAGUGACCCCAGGGGUCACAAAGGCAGCCCCAUAUGAGGCUGCUGCCAGUAGUUAUGACACCGAUAUUGCAGAGGAGGAGGGCUCUGGGGACCAUGCUGAACUAGAAAGUAAUAUUUCCGCAGUUGAGUUGGAGCCCUCUGCCGAGGAGGCUGUGUUACUGGAGGAGGCCAGUGCUGGUUCUGAAGGCUAGUCUCAUGCUGGGAGACAUUCCAACAAAACAUACUUUGUGGUGUCUUAGGGCUAGUUCUGUAUUACCGAACAUUUUUCCCCCCUAGAAAACGUUAAUGUGCCUUGAAAGUUUCUGGUGUCUACUGAUAGACUUUAGGAUUGAGAGAUUUGAGAUUUUCCAUGUUUCCAGACUUUUAUGCUGUCUGAUAUGAGAAUAUGAAAUUGCAGUAAUGAGCAUAAAUAGUUUCACUUUUUAAUUACGCUUUUAAUUGAAUAAUCUAAGCAACCUGUAUGCAUCUAAUGUUUUCCUUAUAUCUUUGCCUUAUUUUAUUAGCUGUCAAUCUGAAUUAUUGGGUGGUGAUUUGAAUGAAUUUAAAUAAAAUGGAAAAAUCUUG